AUGGGAGCUUUUCAGAAAGGAACCGCACUUUGGCCUGGUGGUAUCGUUCCAUAUCAACCAAAUGAAAAUCAUCCCUUUUGGUCUGUUAUCUUAAAUGCCAUAAACGAGAUGAAUAAUAAAACGGUGGUCAAAUUUAUCGAGAGAACGGUUCAACCAGAUUAUGUUUAUUUCACUUCCGAGAAUUCCGGAAACUGGUCCAUUACCGUAGGAAAAGCUGGAGGACCACAUCAAGUAAACAUUGACAAGAAUGUAAGAUCCUUGCAUGAAUUGGGGCACGUUAUCGGGUUGGUACAUGAACAUCAAAGACAAGAUCGAGAUAGCCAUAUUGAAGUUCAUAGAGAAUUCAUAGAUUCCAAUAACGAGUGGAACAUAAACAACGUCAUUAACACAACGGAAAUCGAAUAUGAAACCGAAUAUGACGUUCACUCGUUCAUGCAUUAUUGGGAUACCGCUGGAGUAAGCAAUAAAGUCAAAAAUAAAGAAUUGGCCAAAAGGAUUGCCACCGGUAUUGCCACUAUUGGGAUCUCAGAAAUAAAAGAUCAUGUUAAAGUGAAUUCCUUUCUCCUUUGGACAUCUAUUGCAUUAAUAAUGUCUAUAAUAACUACGCGCCUACCUCCUGAUGACUCGGAGAAUAGAGAUGGUUAUGAUUGGUCGGUGGCGGUGGAUGACCCGGAGGUCAACAAUUUCGGUAUUUCGGUAUUUCGGUAG